AUGCCAAGGUCAAGUAGCAGUAACAACGGCAAUUUUGAGACCCUCCCCCACUUUCCAAACAAGUCAUCCUCCCUUCUGAUCAAGUUGGUGCUUGACGCGGGUAACGCCGGGGACUAUCGGACUAAGACCAACCAAGCCCAAUCCGAGCUUGCUAAGAAAGACCACCACAUUGGCCAAGUGGAGAAGACAGUGGCUAAUGAGCUGGCGAAGAGCAAGAAUUUAGAGGUUGAGGCAAAGAGAAUGAUGAAUAAGGUCGAACUCAAGGUCUCGAAAGUGGAGGCCAAAUUGUUUGAGGCCAAGGCUAACUAUGAUGCCUUGACUUCUAAGGUUAAGGGCUUGGUGGAGGAACAUGCUAGGACCGAGGACAGAGAGAACAAAAUUCACCUCGAGAUCUUCCACCAAAGCCAAGACCAAUUCUUCUCAGCCUUUAUUGAUGGUCAGAAUAAGUCCUUCAAGAAAGGAUGGGAUGAGGCACUUUGGACCCAAGGGGUCGAUGUUGACUCCGAGCUUUUCUCAAAGCACCUCUACGUUCCCCAACAACUUCUUUCUUUUGGACUCUCUAUUCAUCCCAUAGACCCUGUUAUUCCUAAGACCCCUGAUGUCAACCCGAAUUUAGUGGAGUUCGGGGGGAUUGAGGAUCUACUCUCUAACCUCGGGAAUAAAGGUGUGCUAGAGAGGAGGCGAGGUGGUGUUGGUGGUGCUAGUGGCGGUAGUGGUCAGGAAGGUGGCGCUGAGAAUUAA